AAUAAUAAACGUAUAGGGCCAGCUAUUUGCAGGGCUGUUUCUGUGCUUCUUGGAGCUAAAUGAGUGCGUAAAAAGUGGGGAAACUAAUUUAAGUACAAUCUAAGGAGCUUGGAAAAACAAAGCGUCUGGACUUCUUUAAGUUUCUUGACUACGUUUCAUCUCUCAUCCGAGAAGCCUCUUCAGCUGUAUAGCGCAAUUGGUGGAGAGUCCCAGAUUUUAAGUCCUGUUGGGACUGUCCCCAAGAUGUACAGAAACAUGAAGGAACCGGGCAGUGGACGAGUAUUGUCAGUACAAUUCUUAGUUCACCACGUUCAAAAAACAUAACCAGUCCGUGCAAACGCGUCACCUAUGCCCCUCCCUCCUCUCUCUCUAAUUCCCAAACGUUUCUCUUCCAGCCUUCACGGACUUUCCAUUUCACACACACCCCUCCCCCUGAUACCAGAAGAGGCAGAGGUGCUCCUUCCCCUCCCCGGUCCAAACUUCACUCACAAAGCCCGAUAUUAUAUCUGUCAGGCAAGACAUUUGCAUGGACAAACCCGGGACUAAUACCCGUGUUUUCGUGCGAUUUAUGGCGAUGAGGGAUUUCAGAGGCUUAACGCACCUCCGAUUGCCAAACAAGGGGCUUUUACGCUCAAUUAUUUGCUAGAGAAAAAAGUGGGAAAAGGCGAAGGGGAGUGCAUGUUACUCGGAGGGCUUCAUUUCCUCGAUGCUGCAGAGCAGGAGCUGGAUGACAUGAUGCUGCAGAGCCCGCUCACCUCCACGCCGUUUUCUGUCAAGGAUAUCCUGAAGCUGGAGCAGCAGCAACAACAACAGCAACAGCAGCAGUCCGGAACCCUGGAGCUCACGCACCGAAUCCACACCCAGCAGCACUUGUCCCGCUCUCCUCCCCAGCAGCAGCAGCAGCAUUUCCAAACCGCGCCGUCCUGCAUGCUCGUCGGAGCCCGGGACAGCCCUUCCUUCUCGGACGGAGAAGACAACCUGGCUUACCUCAGCGCGCUUGCAGUGCGGGAGGAAGAACGGGGGGACACCAGCCUAUCUCCGGACAUGUACGUGCAUCCCGGCUUGCAGGGAGCCAAGUUAGAGGCCGCCGAGCUGGAGGAACAGGAAAGCAAAAACUGCGGGCUGGUGUCCCGGGAGGAAGCAGCCGAGGGCGGGCAGGGCGACACGGAGAGGCCGGUGCAGAAGCAGAGGAGCCGGCGGAGACCCAGAGUGCUUUUCUCCCAGGCGCAGGUCUUCGAGCUGGAGAGGCGCUUCAAGCAGCAGCGCUACCUGUCCGCCCCGGAGCGAGAGCACCUGGCGACCACCCUCAAACUCACUUCUAACCAGGUGAAGAUCUGGUUUCAGAACCGCCGCUACAAGUGCAAACGGCAGCGGCAAGACAAGUCUCUGGAAGCGACGGGGCAGCAUCAUCCUCCGCCGCCGAGGCGCGUGGCCGUACCGGUGCUGGUUCGGGAUGGGAAGCCGUGUCUGGGAGGAGCGCAGAGCUAUGCCGCCGCGGCUACUGCUCCGUACGGAUCCAAUCCGUACGGCUAUAACGGAUACCCGGCCUACACGUACAACAGCCCGGCGUAUAACACCAACUACAGCUGCACCUACACCAGUAUCCCCGCCCUUCCUCCCUCCGGCACCCCCAACGCCUUCAUGAACAUGAACUUGGGAAACGUGAGCGGCCUCGGCAGCUCCCCACAGGCUCAAACACACCAAGGGACAGCGGUCACAUCUUGUCAGGGCUCGCUGCAGGGGAUCAGGGCCUGGUAGCCUCACCAUAACAGAACCAGUAUCUUUUUUUUAAACGGAGUUCUUCAACCCACAUUCUUUCCUUUAGAAGUGUGUAUUAACCUGGUCAAAAUACAGC